AUGUCUUCAUCAUCGUCGAGCAAAUCGCAGCGUCAGCCUAAGCGGUUCAAUCCUGCCGGCGUUCCAUUCAAACAGUUCUUCAACACAUCUACUACUCCUUUGGAUUCCCGGACCACCCAAAAUACUAAAAAGAAAUCGCAACAGCCUUCUAAUAUUCAGAAACAACAGCAACAGCAGCAGCAAAUACAGCAGCAGCAGCAGCAACAACAACAACAACAACAACAACAACAACAACAUCAGUUUCAAAAUGUGCCUUCAACAAACCCUCCACAAAACCUUUAUUCACUGGUCUCAGAUACUCAACCACAAAUGUCAGGUCAACAACUUCAGUUGCAGUAUAUUCAAUCACAAUUUGCACAAAUAGAACAAAAUAUCUCUCCCCAAUACUCUAACAAUAAUAAUAAUAAUAAUAAUAAUAAUAAUAAUAAUAAUAAUAAUAAUAAUAAUAAUAAUAAUAACAAUAAUAAUAACCCGUUAGACUCGCAAAAUACAUUGUCCCCCUUUUCAUCGCAUCUUACCAAUCUUUUGGCUGAAGCCCAAAAGACCCUGGAUAAGCGCAGUAGAGUAGACAAUUUACAAUGGAGAAUGUCCAAAAUCAAGUUUGAGCAACAACAGCAACACCAAAAUAUACCUAUGGACCAAGACCAAAUGUUCUUUUCUAAUCCUCCUCCUCUUAUUCACAAUCAUACUCCUGAUGAAACUUCCCCUGAGUCAAUCGACCCCAUUUCUCCUCUAAUAUGUCCUCAGACACAACAACAACAACAGCAGCAGCAGCAGCAACAACAGCAACAAUCAUCAUCAACUUCAUUAAAUGGCCUACUACCUACAAAUCUCUCCAAAAAUAGAAAACGAGCUGCUCACUACAGUCCAAUGAUUUCGGCUACAAUCUAUUCUUCUCUUCAUCCAACUACCUCUGGAAAUGGUGGCCCAUACUCUUCAUCUCUCGCUUCUGCUCCUCCAACAACUGCACUUUCGCGAACAGAAGAUUAUGGCCUUCUUUCACCCGAUGAUAAUGACGUUGUCGAAUUUGACCUCCAAAAUAAAGCAGGUGGUCUUCCAACCAACAUCAACAACAACAUCAACAACAACUUUUCAAACUUACCAAAUGGAAAUUUAUCAUCUUCUUUAAAUAACACAAGUGUCUUUUUGGGAAUUUCUACUCCGGGUUCCGUUGUUGAUAGCCCAGCUGUGCCUAACUUUGCUUCACCAAACCAUCCAGCCGUAUCAUUGUCAUUUGCUGAUCACUCCAUUUCUGCAUCCUCAUCAUCAGGCUCACCCAUUCCCAACGAUCAACAAGAUGCCAAUGGUAGUGUAGCCUACAACGUGACAAGCAACUCUCAAGUUAUCUCACAGCAAAACCUCCAAAACCUCAUCCAAAAUGAUGCAAAUAGACAACAACAACAACAACACCAAAUGGUCUCCAACACCCAAACAAGAUCACCCACCCCUCAAGAUGUUAUGAUGAUGACGAUGGAUAAUAAUACCGACGAUUCAAGAUUCAUUUCACAAAUGGAAUCUGCAGAUGCACCUAUUCCAUUUGAUAUUCCUCGUAUGGAUUUUAAUUUGGAAAACUUGGAUUCAAUUGCUUCAUCAACUUCCUUCCAUGAUAUUAAUGAAAAUGAUUCUAUUUCUGCUCUUCUAAACCAAGUCUCUGGUACUACUUCUAAUAAUCUUACUGGCAUCGCACCAGCACCAGCACCAGCACCCACCAAACAAAACAAUAAUGGUUAUAAGGUACACUCAGAUGAAGCAAUAUUGUCCUUUUUGGACUCUUUGGCUCCACAAGAAACCCCUCAACAACCCUGCGCGAAUAACACAACACAAUUCAUUGAUCGUCCAAGCUCUUCUCGCCAAUUCCAACUCCAAAACAAACUUAAAACAAACUCCUUUUCUUCUUCUUCUUCUCCUCUAUCUUCCGAAACUUCUCCAGAAGCUUUCACUUCAAACUCACCAUGUUUCCCUCCAUCCUUCUCUGGACACGCAAAAUCGUCCUCUACCUCACUCUCUGGAUUUGUCGACCAUAACAUUUCUUCUGGCGUUGCGGGUCCCCGUGAGCUCAUGGGCCACCACAUUGGAUCUUUUAGCAGUUCCCGCGUUGCCGGUUCCCCUAGUGCAUCCUUAUUGUUCUCUAACAAUAGUAGCAACAAUAAUUCUAUCCACCGUUCAAACUCCUCCACUACAAUUACAAACUUUCGACCAACCUCUCAAAACUCAAAUGGCCCUUCUUCAGUUGCAAAGUUUGACUUGGGUGGUAGCGAUGGCGAGUCUCCAGAAGAUAGUCCCACUGGUGCAAACACAUUUGGUUUUAGUAGUAGUGUCUCUUCUCAAAAUGCUUUAAAUAACGCAAUGUCCCCUGGUGCUUCAGCCUCUUACACAGUUCCUUCUUCUCCUCGGGAGUCUUAUCGCAGACAGUCUUCUGUAACUUCGUUAAUUGCAAGUCCUCCUCCUUCUACAAGAGGAUCCUUGUCCGGACCUUCCAGAGCACCAAACUCUGGAUCAAGAUCAGGCUCUGUCGUACAGUCUCCUGUAGACUGGAGUUUUUUCUCCAACUUUAAUGGCAUGAACCCUGCAAGUCUUCCAAAUAAUAAUAAUAAUAAUAAUAAUAAUAACAACAACAACAACAACAGCACCACUACCGAAGUUCUGAUACCUCGCAAGUCAAAGCUAGCCCGAACUGCUUCUCAGCCUAACGCAUCAUCUCUUUCUGGUUCAUUAACCUCGCUUUCUUCAUCCUUUGGUUCUUCCUCCUUUGGCUCCAAUAAUGGCGGCCUUUCGAACCCACACUUGAGCAACAGUCACAGCACUAGUAACUUACAGUUUUUUGGAACACCAUCCUCAUCUUCUGGAUUCCUAAGCAGGACUCCAAAUCCAAGCUUACCUAGCCAACAAACCAAAUCAAAGCUUCAGCUCCAACUCCAGCAGCAAGACCUUUCAAGACCAAAGCCCCAGCAUAGACUCUCCAAUGCGCUUGAACCAUCUUCUGCUCCCUCUGCAUUCCCUAAACACCCAUCUUCUAGAAAUAACAGCGUCGGAAGUAAACUCCAGGCUCUUGCAAAGGAUCCUAUUGCUUCACGCAACAGCAGCUCUUCUCUAGCUGACAAUGGCAAACCCAAAAAUUCGCAUCUCACAAGCGCUCUUUCUUCUGAAAAAAACAUGUCAGUGUCGUCUUCUGUAUCCACCUCUUCUUCGUCAUCUUCUUCCUCUAGUGACAACUCAACUCCAAUGGAGUGCACAAACUGUCAUACCCGUACCACACCUCUUUGGCGUCGCAACCCUGAAGGACAACCUCUUUGCAAUGCAUGUGGUCUUUUUCUUAAACUUCAUGGUGAAGUCAGACCACUUUCUCUCAAAACAGACGUCAUCAAGAAGCGCAACCGUAUGUCUAACUCGCGUCUUAACUCCAUGGCUUCCUCCAAUGUUAGCAAUUCAUUGACAACCGUGUCUCCAAUUUACUCCUCAUCGCUCCCACAAAAUAUUGCUAGCAAUAGUGGUGGUUCUGCCUCCAGCUUUAUAAACCACAAGCCUGGUCAUGUGGGACAAGAUGGCAACGAACCUCUUCCAGGAACUCUCGGGGGUCCUAUUGGUCCUGGUGUAACUACAUCUGCAGGCCCCCGAGCUGGAAUGAAUCAGUUUGUUGUACACGACUACGGCAACAAUGGUAAUGGGGGAACCGGCCGUUUCAACAAAUUUAACGCCAACACGGGUUCAUUAUCUUCUAUGGCAGUCAACAUAGCUACAGCUUCUGCUGCCAUCCCUAUUGCGCGUGCACGUACAAACAAUGCUAACAAUAACGGUUCCCUUUCAACCGGAUGUGGCUCGUUUCCUUGCUCGCCUAUGACUGGCGGUGCAGGCAGUGUCAACAAUGGAAGCUCUCGGCCACUAGUUGGUAUUUACCCUAAGCCUGUUCCAAUUGCCCCCAAACGGCGAUCGGAAAGUGUUGGAAUACAAUCGAGUCCAGGUAGUUUUUCCAAUACAAGUCAGUUUAUUCAGUCGGGAGCCCCUGCUGACUCGCCUGUGAGCAAUUCACCAAAACGUCUAAGUAAACUCCAGCCGCAGCAGCAACAACAGACCAUUAAACGGUCACCUUCUGGGGUUUCUCUGAAACAAGGCGUAUCUUCACCACAAUCUCCAACAACGCCAAACUCUAAUAGCCGAAGAGGAAGUUUAAUGGCUGUGUCUACUGCAUCGCUAAUGGCGGCUGCAGCUUCAAAGAAGCUGAGUCUUGCAAAGGCCCAAGCUGAGGCUGCUGAAGAAGAAUCCCGCCGUAAGCGAAGUCUGGCAGCCACUCCUGGAAGCAUUGUUUCUAGUGCCCCCAUUUCUAAGAGAAACAUUUCAUUUGGGAAUUCCAAUAAUAGUAACAAUAACUCGCCUGCUCCGACAACUCCACAUACACCAGGAGAAAAUGGAAUAGGCAUGUCUCCACUUUCAUCACGCUCGCCCGAGGUGCUCAAGCAAAGCUUGGGCUCUAAGCCGGAGGACAAAAGUGAUAAGCAGAUGCCUUUUUCUCAGCAGAUGAUUACACCGACGACUGACAAAAAGGUUGAUUCUGGAGAUACUGCUCGGAUUGUCGAUACCCAGAAAUGGGAUUGGCUAAAAUUAGACAUUUAA